AUGUCACGAGAUUCUCGAGACCAUAGCUCGACACAUGAUUGUACAACGGAAGUUGAGCUUUAUCCGCGAACGACUACUCAGGCAAUAGCAGUAACUGAGGGGCACAAUGGCGAAGGAAGCUUAAGGCCUUCACAAGGUGACAUCUGCCACGGCCAAUCAUCUGCGUCACAAUCCUCCACUCCAGAGCGUCUUCAAUCUUUGGCACAGACAUCCGAUCAAGUUAGUGACACGCAAGUCCGAGACAUGGGAUCCACGAACCGUCCUGCAAAAUCAAGCUCCAGCAAGCCUCCAUUAUCAGAAGACUUUGGACUUGAAGCAGGCGCUGCUGUUGCAGUCCAAGGUCACACCAGUCAAAAUGUUACCGUUGAAAAUGAGCGACUAUCCCCCCAGGUAGAACGCAUGCUCCUUGACGCAGCUAGAGAUAAAAUGCUGUUCAUGCUAGGAGCUACCAACCAAGACCCUGGAAAUAUCUCUAUAAGCGACUAUGGAUUCAAAACGAUGCAUUUCAAGUUUGACGUCAGGGGUAGCAAACCUGUGAAAUUUGGCUGGGAGAGCCUGUCGGAAUCUGCGGAUGGCAUUGAAGCCGCCCAGGUGAACAAGGCCAUUCUUGACGCUUGGCCGGAGACCCGUGAGAGCGGAUGGGUAUCGCAAGACAUAAUUGAGAGUGAUGGUCGCAAUCCCGCCAUCAAAGUUCAGUGGUCAUCUGUUGGGAAGGCGUAUCAAGAUGACCUGAAUGCCGUUGAUAAAGGUCCGCUUGCUGAAACCCGCAGGGAUAAUAUCGUCUCCUGCGGAUUUGAGAGCCUUUGGCAUAGUUGGUGCUAUGCAGCCAAGAGAGAGAGAUAUAAACGACAAAAGGGUAUUAUCCAUUGGCAAAUUCGUUAUUAUAGACCUAUCAGUGCGAAUGCUGGCAAUGAUCUCAAUUGUCUUUUAAGCAAACGACAAAGUGCGACAAUAGGAAAAGGGCCAGAGGCAGUUUGUUUAGAGGAGAAACGAGUACGAAUAAGUUUUAGAGUGCUAAAAGGAAAUCCGCGCCUUUUCAGCAUAUUCGUCUUAGUCGAUGAUUGGAGGUUCAUAGGCACAGACGUGCCUCAUGAGAUCGAUGACGUUAAAGUAGGUUGGGAACGAUAUGGCCUGAAGCCAAGACAGAAAGUGAUCCCUAUCACACAUUAUCUUUUCGAGAUCUGUAGAGUGUUCGAAAAAUGCAUGGAAGCUUGGGGCGAGGCACUCGAUGCCAUCGAUGGGCUCGUUCAUGUCGAUUUGAACGACCUUGAUGGCCAGUCGCGAGUGGAGGAUCCGAUGUUUGACAAGUCUUUCGACCGUUCUAAGGACUACUUUGUUGCUCUCCAGUUACUUAGGAUUGUCGACGAGUGGCUGGAUGAAGUUGCCCCUAGUGUUAAGGAACUACAAAAGGACCCAUAUCUGAGAUUUACUUCCAUCUGUGCGGCUGAAACAGUGGAUAAUUUCAAUGCUGCAAUUAGAAGUAUAGACGAACGGACUGCUGUAAUCCAAAAGCGAGUCCGAAAGAAAGUCGAGGAGGUCAACAGUCUGCGAGAUGGGUUAUUUAACGCUACGUCUCUUCGAGAGUCAACGAAAGCCAUGGCACUUAACCAGGCAAUCUACGUCUUUACCGUUGUGACGGUACUCUUUACACCAGUUAGCUUCUUAGCGGUAAGUGACAUCCUCCAUCAGUCUUCAGUAUCGCAGCUAACAGGACAGACCUUUUGGGCAUUGCCGUUCUUGAACAACCCAACAGAGGGCACUGACAUCGUGCCAGUGCCUUCAUCCUUUCGAAACAGCUUCAUCAUUAUGCCUCUCCUCACCUAUGCCCUGGUCAUCGGCGUGGCGUGGUUUGUGGGACAACGCAAUGGCACCAAUGCACUAUUAGAUCUGUUGAGAGAGCUUCGAGAAAUCUUGGGGCAACUCAUCAGAUCCGCAUGGAGCUUGCUUCCACGGAUACCGAGGAGAGGAAGUGGCAGGUCUCCCUACCCUUGA